AUGGCUGUGAUUAUGAUGAGGACGGCUGGCCGGACCGUUCUUCGACGACCGUACCUCCCAACAAGACAGCAACCACUCUCCAAACGACACCAUACCAACUCUUCGACCCCCACUACGGCACCCCCAAAGCAAGAUGACCCCGCCAACAACAUUUCGAUUCCUGUGCCAAAUACCGUGGGAGCGAUACCGUUAUGGCAGAGAUUAGGUCCGCUUUCGAGGGCCUUCCAGGCGUAUGGUAGAAGCCAGAGGAAGAGACCACUGGCUACGCAGUUCGUCAGUUCGCUGGUUAUUUUCUCCCUUGGGGACAUUUCGGCGCAAAGCAUAGGUGGAGAUGAAUAUGACUACAAGAGGACUCUGCGAGCCUUGGUUAUCAGCGCGGGUUCGUCGAUACCAAACUAUAAAUGGUUCAUGUUCCUAAAUAGCCACUUCAACUACACCUCCAAAGCUCUCUCCCUCGUCACGAAGGUCACUGUCAACCAGAUUGUCUUUGCGCCCUCGUUCAACACAUUUUUCUUCGGCAUGCAAUCAUUCCUGUCUGGAGAUUCUCUUCCCGCGGUUUGGGAACGCAUAAAGCACACGGUUCCGACAUCGGUAGUGAACAGUUGUAAACUGUGGCCUGCAGUGACAGCAUUUAGCUUUACUUUCAUCGAUCCUCAAUAUCGGAGCAUAUUUGCAGGUGUUAUUGCUAUUGGGUGGCAGACAUAUCUCAGCUUCUUGAAUAGAAAGGCGGAGAGGGCGGCUGCUGGGAAGAUAGAUGGGACAUUCUCGGUAGAACAAAGGAUAGAAAUGUCUGCAUAG